ACAUUUCCGACACAUCUGACGGCUGUCAUUGCUGUUAAAUGGACGCGAACAAAAAAAGGACUCAGCUUUUAUGUGCGGCACCGAAUUUCGGUUGUUAUUAGAAUAAAAAGAAUAAUUAUUACCAGUUUACGCUACGUUUAGAAUUGAAGUGCUAAUCGGAAAGUCUGCGCUGCCUGGAAAACAUCUGAACAACUGUAAUGCGUCGUAAAACAAGCGGCGGUGUAAGUACACCGGAAAAAUCGACACCACGUCGUUCCACCCGCGGUCGCGUUCGCCGCUCACCGUCAAAAACCCCUGAACCGGAACCAGAUACGGAUGACCGGGAGUAUGGCGCUAGUGCCAGUACGCAGGAUGAGGAGAAAAACAGUAGCUCGGAGGAGGAAACUACUAGCCGUAAAGGAAGCGCGAGAGCUCGCGGAGGUCGCGGCAGAAGCACUUCUUCGCGCCGUAAGAAUGAAGAAGCUACACCGUCCCGCACCCGUCGUAAUAGUCGCCGAGAGAAAGAAACGCAAGAAGAAUUGCCGUCAGAGACUGUGCAAGUAGAAGAAAAUGGAGCAGAAAAUAAAACGGAACCAAUCGUCGACCAGCCUGAUGCGGUCGACACAGUUACGACCGAGGAGGUGAUGGAACCGAUUCCGGAAGAAACUGCUGAAGAGCUGCAAUCAUCUGAUACGGUCGAACAAAAUGUAGUUCAAGACGAACAAGACGGAAGUGAGACAACGCUAUCUGCACGUCCCGGUAAUAGAGAGCACGAGGAAAGGAAUGAAAGUCCCAUUGCAAAGGCAGAAGAUUCGGAACCAGAGACGAAGUCAUCGGAAGCAACCGUAGAAAAGGUAAGUCAUACAAAUGGUGAUGAAGAGGAGAAGAAGGAAGAAGAAGAGACAGAUAAAGGCAACGACAGGUCAAAAAUAAAUGAACCGGAAGACGCUCGCGAUGAUAGCAAAACGGUCGUUAACAAUCGUUCUCGAACAAGGCAAGAAAGCGAAUCCAACGAAAGUGGACCAGAAGAAGAGCAUAGGGAUGAAGAUGUCGAUCCGAGAGCGGCAAAAAGAAAUGAAAGGGAAGCCCUGGAACAGGAACGUGUUGCAACUGCGGAAGAAUCGAUGGACGCGGACGUUGCCACGUCUGGCACUGAAGAGGAAUCAAAGAUUACUGAUUCAGCUAAUAAACAACACCAGGACGAGCAGCAUGAUGCUGCCGAGACGGUUCGCACAAAGAAAGAUUCUGUCACAGAACCGCCCGGUGUUGAGCGAAUACUGCAAGUUGUUCCUCCCAGCAAGGAGGAUCAGAAGGAAGAGGAAGAAUUGGAAGCGGGCGAAAUAAAGGACACAGAUCAGAGUAUGUCGGAAUCGAACACCAAGGAGGAAGUACUUGUGAAGGAAGCACCACGUAUUCGGCCCCUUCAGCGUAAGCGUCGUUGGCUAUCGUCUAAGAAUGUCGAUAGCAAACCGGCCGUCAUCACCAUCUCGACGGAUUCGUUGAAGAAUAUUAUCUCGGACGUAAAACCCGUCCCGUUGGCAGAUGUAAAGCUGGAAUCCUCGUCGGAACCAGAAGGUGCAGACGAAACGCCGAGUGCCGAUGAAAACGACAAGGAUCGUGUCAGGCGUAAGCUUCGCGAAUCGAACGAAUCGUUGCAACAGCAAGCAUUACCGCAGCGACGUCGUUUAUCGAAGUCGGCGGAAAAAGAAAAUAUUGCUGUCGAAGGAACCGAUGGUGAUACCAAUGGUGAUGUUUCGAUGGUGUUAGCUGGUAAACCAAAGCUGGCUGCUGAAAAGAUCGCUCUGACCCGCAAGAUCAGCAUCGUAAGCGACGAUGGAAGCACGGUCGGUACAACGGCACCGGUUGUACGACCACCAAGCCCCGCCAAGCAUCUUACGAGCAAUAUAUUAUAUAUCACGAACCUGGUCCGUCCUUUUACUGUGCUGCAGCUGAAGGGUUUGCUUGCGAGGACGGGCAAGAUCGUAGAGAACGGGUUUUGGAUUGACAAAAUCAAAUCAAAGUGCUUUGUUAAGUACGAAAACGAAGAUGAAGCGACGGAAACACGUCACGCUCUUCACGGCAUCCGUUGGCCAGUUUCGAAUCCAAAGUGUCUGGUAGUGGAUUUCGGUAGCGAAGAAGCGAUGGAAAAGGCUAUCCUUUCGACUCUUGAAGAUGGCGCUCUUCGCGCUACCGUAGAAGGUGCAAAGGAGGGAAAAGAGUUCGGUUGGUCACGUGAUGCAUCCAAAAAGGAGGAGACUGUGCGUCGCGUCCGUGAGUGGGAUCUAGGAAAGAAGGAUGCCUUUGAUCAGGAACGGGAUGGUAGGGGUGGACGCGACCGAGAACGAGAAGGCGCUGCAUUGGCUGAUAAGGACAAAGGAGCAGAUCGUACCGGACGUGAUCGUGGACGGGAAAUGGAGGAAGGACAGCGUGAUGGACGGGGAAAUCGGCCCGAUGGUGCUCCUGGAGAUCGAAGCUUAGAAAGAAAACGUUCUGCCGAACGUGAAUUUGGUCGGGAGAGAAGACGCAGUACAAGUGUAUCACCAGCGAGAAAAUUCAAGAAGAAGGAAAAUGAACCUCCGAUAAGGCUGCUAGACGAUUUGUUCAGAAAAACAAAAACGACACCAUGCAUAUACUGGUUGCCGCUCACCACUGAACAGAUUGCCGUAAAGGAAGAGCAACGGCGUAAAAACAUGGCCGAACAUCAGCGCCGUUUAGAGGAGCAACGCAAGCAGGAAGAGGAACGUGAGCGUGAACGGAAGCGCGAGCGGGAACGUCGGGACCGCGAACGUGAGCGAGAACGCGAACGGGAUCGUGAGCGUGAUCGCGAACGUGAUCGUGACCGCGACCGUGAUCGCGAUCGCCGUCGGUCGCGCUCCCGCGAACGCAGCCGUGACGAUGGUGGCCGGCGCAGGCACAGAUAAGAACAUUUUAACAAAUUUAGCUUCAUUUAUCUAAACCAUUUUCCCUGCCGGUUUUGAGCAUAUGAACCAGUGGAGGAGAGGAGGAAGAACAUGGAAAAGACGCAUCUUGGGAGAGUUUUUGGUUGUGUACAGUAGGUUUCUAGCUGUAGCUAUAUCCUUAGGAAUGGCCUUAAUUCGAAAGGCUUUGAUAAAGAUAAAAGAGAGAUUAAAUGAUGGACGAUUCCAUCAAUUGAUGCACGCUAUAAUAUUAUGAUUUCUGCAUCCUAUAUGCGCACGCUUGCGACUCUGCGUGUCAUAUUAUGUUUCCAGUGGGUAUUUAUUCCCAUUAGGACGAUAUGGCUAAUAUUCAGUGAUCGAAAAUUUAUUCGAAUGUUUCUACGGAUAUAUGAUCUCUUUUCUAUGCCUUAGAAAACACUAUUUCGCGUACGUACGUACGUUUGUACGAAAAACAAUUGCCUAUUGUCAUUGAUUACUUGCUCUGUUCGUAAACCUGCGUGCAUCGGUUUACAUGUUUGUCAAUGCUUUUAUAUGCGUUGAUAUUCGGCCAAAACCGUACUGUUCAUGCAAUUAGUUUUAAUAUAUACAUUUUUAUUGCUGUCAACAAAUUUUUACAAAUGGAAAUUAUUCAUUUAGCAGUGUUACAUUCAGCAUCCACCUGUAAGCGUCAGCCUGUUCUUUCGUAAACCUUCUCCUUCCAUUUACUUGAACUCUUUAUAUGAUAAGCACAGUCUCUAGAUGAUAGCUAUAAUUGAAUUCUGAAUUUGUUCGUAUUUUAAUCCAACGCCGGGGAAGUUAUUCGCUUCACCACCCGAGUAUAACAACAGUACUCUAACAAAAACAAACAACACAAGACAUUGAAAAAAGGGUAUUUAAGUUAGGUCCUAACCGUGGCAGGAUGAUCCGGUUAACUAAUGAAUCAUCCAGUUCGCUAUGAUCGUUGAUUGCAAAUGCUCCACAAUAUUUUAGAGAUAUAAACACCUUCGCCACAGCCAGGUUUCGUAAACGCUUACGAAGGAGCAGGGUCAAUCAGCCAAAACCUCUUCAUCGAUAUACACCGUUCAUGUAACAUCCCGUGCAGCUAUAGCUCGGUGCCGUCUCCAGUUUCGUCCCAAGAGUGUGGAUCAAUGUGAGACGUCGGAUUGCAAGAAGGACAUCCGUUAGGCUUUACCUUUUGCUUUGUCGGGUCUUACUGCUGUGUUACCUGUUCGCAAUCAGGAUACAUGACUAAGGGAGUUCACCGUUGAAGCAGCAUGAGCAUCCAAAUGGAGUAUCCAAGAAAAACAAAAUGCUGAACAAGUAUUGAUUUACCAUUUUCAUAAUAACGAGUUCAACUGUUUCGGAACCUUGUACACCAAUCUUAACCAUUGUAUGGGCUGUAGGACAUCGAGAGUAAAUCCAAAGAAAUUCACUCCCCUAUCGAACUGUUUGCUGCACAACAGCGUUACUGUCUACUGUUGCUGUCUAGGGCUACCGUAAUGGUAAGACAUCCACCGGUUCUUGCCAUAACUGCUAACAGAACAAGCAAAGCUCCCAACUUUAUCGUAGAUCGGUAACAGCUUGCACCAGCACUGCAAUUGUGUAAGUGUGUCAUCCCGAUGGUACAUGUGUCCUUUCGGAAAAAAAAUAACGACUUUAAAAUGUAAAAUAGCAUGAAAUACACCUUUUACUGUCAUUAAA